UUUGGGUCUGGGUUUAGGCAUGAUGAUUUUACAUGGCUGUUAUCAUUUAGGUUAGGGAGCUUAGGGCGUUUUGGUUGGCAUGGAAGGCGCUUUGGGGGAGGGCAUUUGCUAGCUAGCUAAGUUGGCUUUUAUUAUGUGAUUUGGGUCUUUGGGAGCGAGCGACGCGGGAGGAACAUAUGAUGAUGACUAGUAUAUGGGUAUAUCGAUGCAUAGCAUGGCAUGGAAUUGGUGCAUCUUGGUUGGGCAUGUUCAUGGGUCCAGGUCAGGCCAGGUAUAUAUUGGAGCGGCGGCCAUGGGGAAGGGAUCCAACUCAACCAUUUAAAGGCAGCAUCGGUUUUGGUUUGGUUACCCGCCAGACAGCGUUAUACCGCUUGACCCAUAGCAUAGGCAUAGGCACAGGUAUAGGCAUCAUAUCACUUAGAAAGUGCAGAAUCUACCUAAACCUACCUAGGUUUAGAUUUGCGAACAAAUGAAUUACAUAUCAUUAAUCAAUCAUCAUUAUCAUUUCUGGUAUCUACGAAUCUAUGUAAAUCCAUAGCACGCCUCCUAAAC